GGGCCAGCCGCGGGUCCAGCGCGCCGAUCCAAGAACGGCAACUGCGUCUUCCGAAAUACGCUGAAGCGCAGCUAUUUCGUAAGCGUUGGAUUUGGAUGAGGAAAGCGGCAAAAGAAAGCGAGGAGGAGCCGAAGCCGCGGGGUUAAGCUCAUGUGACCGCUGGCGGCACAGGGCUGGGGCUUCUGAGAAGUAGCCGUAACUGCUGCCGCUUUUGCCCGUUUUUGGAACUGGGUAACAAGCGAGAGGCCGAAGGAUUCGCUCCUCUGAAGGAUGCGAAGCUGCCUCGCUCCAAACAGAUGAUGGCGAUACGAGAGCUGAAAGUCUGUCUGCUUGGAGAUACUGGAGUUGGCAAAUCAAGUAUAGUUUGUCGAUUUGUUCAAGAUCAUUUUGACCACAAUAUUAGCGUUACUGUUGGAGCUGCUUUUAUGACUAAAACAGUCCCCUGUGGGAAUGAACUUCAUAAAUUUCUGAUCUGGGACACAGCAGGUCAGGAGAGGUUUCAUUCGCUGGCACCUAUGUACUAUCGUGGAUCAGCGGCAGCUAUUAUAGUUUACGACAUAACUAGCCAGGAUUCAUUCCCUAUAAUGAAGAAGUGGGUAAAAGAAUUAAAAGAACGUGGUCCUGAAAACAUUGUAAUGGCUAUCGUUGGAAACAAGUGUGACCUUUCUGAUAUUAGGGAGGUACCUAUGAAAGAUGCCAAAGAAUAUGCAGAAUCUAUAGGUGCAAUUUUUGUUGAGACUAGUGCCAAAAACGCAAUUAACAUUGAAGAACUCUUUCAAGCAAUCAGCCAGCAGAUUCCACCUUUCGAAACUCAUGAAAAUGACAACAGUAGAACAAUCAAACUCAGGAAGGAGACAGCUCAGACAACACGAAGAUGCUGUUAAACCAGAACUGGUUUGAUGCACUUGAAAAUAAAACAAGAUCAUUUAUUUAUUGAACGACGGACUUCAGAAAGCCAACAACAUGGUGCACUCUCUAAAAACAGUAGUAUCAGUAUUUUUUAUUGAUGGGAUUAGUAGGAGAAAAAUAUCUUUCUAAUGAAUUCUGCAGAAUUCUCCAGACAAUUAGUUUAAGCUGUAAACUGGUUGAAACAAUGACUCAAAUUAUUUGGAAUAAUCUGUUUAAACUGUUGACUAUUCUAAAGAAGCAAUAACAAUUUUUUUGCAAAUCUUUUUUAUAUUUUCAGUAUGUUUUCUCAUUGUGUAUAAUUUUACAGAAUUAUAAUGCACAGUAUUAUAAUCAAAUGAAGAAGGUUUUAUUUUACUGGAUUUGGCUUCUACUAUUUUUAGAAUUAUUUUUAAAGGUAUAAAUGACAUACUUAAACUUCUGCAUCCCAUGCAGAUAAAAUCUAGUGACAAUAACAAUUCUAAUAAAUGUUAAACUGUUACUUCUGUAUUGGAAAAGCAAAAUCAUUGAAAUGUAAACACUUUAAGUUAAACAGCAGCAGUGGUUUUGGGUAUACUAAAUAUUGCAGAAUGUUAAAGGCAAACAGACAUUUCAUCAAAAGCCAAAAAAGACCAGGAUACAUUUUCUAUUGAAUUCAUUUAAAUUUGAAAUAAUUUACAACAAUCUGCAGUCUGAAUACAAAAGUUCUAUACUUGUAUUUUUUCUUAUUCUUUAGUUUAAUAUAGUUAUCUGCAUCUAUAUCUUUGAUCUGUCUGUUUCUUACUUAGUAACAAUACAGAUGCAAGGUGGAGUCCAAGGAAGUUGAAAACAAUACAACCUUUUUUUAUCUGAGUCCUUUUUGUAAUAGAUUGAGUAUUAAGCUGAUAUCAUACCAAGCUGAUACAAACAACAACAACCACCCACUGAAAGAUCUCAGUACUGUCAGCCCUCUCAGAUACACCAGACAGGAAACAUGACUAGUUUCCAGACUGAGAAAUUUCAUCAAUAUAUUGUCACACAAUUUGGGGAGGACACUCUUGAGAUUGGUGCGAGAGAAAUCAGUGCAUUCCGGUGACUUAUUCAGACUGAGAAAGCUGCUUGGGUUAUCAGCAAAACAUCUCAAACCCACAAGGAAAUAAGUCCAGUUGCCAUGACUCGAUUUCCAGAUGAUUAGAUAAACUAAUUCCACUUUAUUGUAAUGCUACAUUAAUAAAAUCUUGUAAGACUGAAAGUACAGUGAUACC